UUCCGAACGGGAACUAUGAUGAAAAACUUGAUCACUAUCAAUUGAGUAACUUUAACUUAUCAACUUAUUGUCGUUUGGUUGACUAGUAACUAUUUGUUGGACUGUAAAGUGCAAAUCUACUCCCAGCAACUUUAUAGUGGAAGAAAUUUUCUCUGGUUAAUCGAGCUUUUGAGGAUUUUCGUGUUCUAUAUACUUUUAUUCAGAAGUUUGAGUUGAACUCGGCCAUAAACAGCAGAGUUUCUCACUUUUGUUUUGUUGACAUCUUGAUUCUAGUUCGAGUGUAAAGUGGACGUCAAUAUAUAACAAUCGUGUUAUUUUGAUUUCGCCGAUUAAUUAUAUUAAUGAUAUGGCGGGUAGUUCGCAACGUGUUCCUUUGUGGAGAGAAUGUGUUGAUUGGCUUGACAGACUUAAAAUCUUGAGAAGUGAUCAAUUCCCCCCAAAUUCAGAACUGAUCCAUUUUGGUCAGUGCAUCAGAGAUGGAUUUAUUUUAUGUUACCUUAUCACCAAGCUUGAUCCUAAUGCCUUGGAUUUCCAUGAUGUCUGUCAGAGAACACAAAUGUCACAAUACAUGAGCUUGAAGAACAUUCGUUUAUUUCUACGAGCUUGCAGGAAUAAAUUUGAUCUUGCUGAUUCGGAUUUGUUUGAACCAGCAAUGCUUUUUGAUUACACAGACUUUGGGAAAGUUUUAAGAACUUUAUCAAAGCUUUCUAAAUGCAGCAAAGUUGCACAAAAAGGAAUUGAAGGAUUUCCUGCUGUUGACAGUCGGCAAUAUGUAGAAGAUGAUGAAAUAUACAGGAGACUGGAAGAUAUUGAUCAACAGGAGGAUCAAUAUUGUGAAUACAAUUAUGCUGUCACUGGUGAAAAUAUCUAUGAAGAAUUGUGCUCUGUAGGAGAACACAACAAAAGUCCCCAGACUCAUCACCCGUUUCCUCAACCACCAGUGGUUAAAAGAGAAUAUUCCAUAAGAGAACUUGUGGAGUCCGAAAAAAGAUACAUAGAAGCUCUUAAUAUGAUUAAAACCAACUUUAUAGUCCCACUUUCAUCUGUUCUUCGGGAGGAUGAAAAGAAAUGCGUAUUUCAUGGUAUAGAGGAAUUGCAUGAAAUACACACAGGAUUGUAUAGUGAUUUGAUUAAAGCAUGCACUACUAAUAAUGCUAUCAAGUUACACAUGGUUUUCCUCAAUUGGAAAGACAAAUUUUUGAUAUAUGGUAGCAUCUGCUCCAAUCUUUCUAGUGCACGACGCGCCAUCAAAUCAGCUAUCUGCAGGAGUAGAGAAGUGGCCGAAAAAAUAGAACGUUGUCAGCGGGAGGCUAGUGAAGUAGCUCUAAAUUUGGAAGAUCUAAUUACGCUUCCGAUGCAACGGUUAUUAAAGUAUCCACUGUUAUUAGGAAAUUUGUGCAAACACACGGAAAAGUCACACGAAGAUUAUCAUGAUCUUCAGUUGGCCUACGAAGCUAUGGUUGACAUAGCUGACUACACCAAUGAAUCUACACGGGAUUAUGAAAUGCGUCAAAUUAUUAAAGACGUACAGGCGAGUAUUUCUAAUUGGAAUACGAUGGAGAACUGCGAUUUGGUAGAAUACGGACGAUUGAUAAAGGACGGUGAACUUAAAAUGCGGUCGCAUGAAGAGUCACGCAAUGCAAAAACACGAUACGUUUUUCUGUUCAACCGUGGCGUCAUCUUUUGCAAAGCCACUCGUAUGGUGGAUAAAUUGUUAGGGGGAGACCAGUAUUCCUUCAAGCUAUUCUUAUCACUGGAAAAAUUUAAGUUGGAGGAUCAUCCAACGAGUCGGAAUCAAAAUGGCAGAGAAAUUCGCUGGAGUCAUCAGUGGCUUCUUGUCGACAAUCAAAAUAAAACUGCCUACACCUUGUAUGCUAAAUCGGCCGAAGCGAAGAAUAAAUGGAUUGGAGCUUUCAGCGAAACCUUAGAAAAGCUAAAUCCAGCUGAAUCAUGGGGAUCAGAUCACAAUUACGAGUUUCAUACCUUUUCCAAUUCAAUUUCGUGCCAUUUUUGCAAGAAACUUCUGAAAGGAUCCUUUUUACAGGGAUAUCGUUGUAACAAAUGCAGUGUAUCAGUUCAUAGAGAAUGCUUAGGGUCAAUGACUAAAAGCUGUGGUGUUCCAAUUCCUCCACCUCGUCCACGGCAAAUUGGAGCUAAGCUUACGUCUCCAGCGUUUCACCAUAUUGAUCUAGAGAGAUAUCCCUGGUUUGCUGGUGAAAUGACACGAACUGCUGCUGAAGCCGUUUUAAGAAACACGCCUCUCGGGACUUACUUAUUGCGCUUUAAAUCAAACGACAACACAUACGCAUUGAGUCUAAGGACAGGAGAAGAGAUUAAACACAUGAAAGUUGUUCAUACCUCUGAUAACGGAGGAAGAUACUUUCUUUCUGAAAGUUUUCUUUUUCGUUCAAUUGUGGAAUUAAUAAACCGAUAUGAGCACAACAGCCUCCGCGAAUCUUUCAAAGGUUUGGACGCUUAUUUGAAAGUACCAUGGAAACAUUUGUUUGCCACAGCACAAGUCAUAAAAGAGUAUGUCCCCGACGACGUCGACCUUAACCAGUUGUCUAUAUCUAAAGGGCAACAUCUCAUUGUAGUAAGCAAAGAAGGGGACGAAAAUGGAUGGUGGAAGGGUAGAUUUAAUGACCAGGAUGGUUAUUUUCCAAAAGAUUUCGUAAAAGAAGACAAAUUUUAUGAAGGGUGAAGUGAAUUUUAGCUGAAACGUGCCAAUAAUUUCGCUCACAAUGUGAUAUAUACUUUGUCUGUAUUUUAAA